AUAUUCUUAUAACCUCUGUUCCACAAGGUCUCUCCAAAUCUCUACACUUUUCUUGUUGAAGUUCUGAGUAAACAGACUAGGCUAAGAGCUGGGAUCCUUGUACCCCGCAGCAGCGGCUGUCCGUCCAAAGCUCUGACCAUCAACUCAAUCAACACGAGAGAAAUACAAUGACUUGCAUAUUUGAUCUAUCGAACGAGCUGCUACAGCACGUGCUGUUACACGUAGAGCCCACUGACCUGGGCCGUUUAUCCCGCACCUGUCAGACAUUCCACACGUUCAUCAAAGGCAACCACCUUUUGUGGAAAGAGACAUAUUUGAGAUAUUUCGACAAUCCGCCCCGAGGAAAAGAUGACCCUGAAGUAUCAUGGGAAACAGAGCUGCCGCGCUUCGUCGCCCUGGACAAGCUUCUUUCGACGAAAGACAGUGAAGUCAAAAAAUCAAAUUUCUCCAGCAUAGCCUCCGCGGUCUGCGAUCUCGUCGCCACCCAAGCCAACACCAACAACAACACGCAGCCCAACCUCAACGCCGCCUUCCUCAGCAACCACUUCACCAACCAAGCCAACACCGACACGCUCCUCCACGGUUCCAGCCUCUUCACCCAAGCCGCAGGCACGCCCAUCCAAAGCAGCUUCAGCACGCCCGAGCAGCGCCAACUAAGCGCGAAACUGCACGUGCUGCACGGGAUCCCGCAGCACGGCAGCAGCGCGCAGCCGGGCCAGCAGCCCAUCGACGCGUACGCGCGCAGCCGCGUGUACGACCUCCGCCGCUACACGGCCGCGACGACGUGGGGCCCGUUCAUGGGCGACGGGUCGCUGCGCGUCGACUGGGAGGCCAUGGAAAGCAUCCUGAUUGUGCUGACGAGCAACAUGCGGCGGUUCAGCGAGCGGACGUACGGCCGCUUCCAGCCGAUUUGGUACGCGCCGUUCCAGGGCGCGGCACCGCAUACAUUCCGCGAGAUCUCGGGCGCCGAGUAUCUUGUCUCAAGCGGAGGAGAGGAUUCAGGAGACGAGGACGGCGACGAAGAGGACGCCAGCUCGGACUCCACCUCUGCUUCUGCUUCCACGCCUACGGCAGCUAGCACCCCGAUGCCCCCCUCCUCCUCCACGCCUCUUUUACCGUCUCCGCAUCACGACCCCCACCAACGCAUCGACUCCCUAACCACGCUAACCCCGUCGCUCCCCCUCUCCCAACAAGACCCCUACGCCGUAACCGGGACCUACCUCCGCCUGGUCUGCUUCCUCGACUACACCGACCUGUACGCCUUCAACUUCGAGCGCGACGACGACCUCUCAACGCCCAUAACGCACAACCGGCGCCCCAGCAGCAGCACCAUCAAUAGCACAAGCACACUCCACCCGCGCGAGCCCCUCACCACACAAGAAGCGCUGCGGUUCAUCCACCUCAAGCUCCGGCCCACAGCCAUCACGCCGCCGGGCCCAACCGACAGUCCGCGCCUCCCGGUCGUGCACUUCCGGGGCACGAGCCGCGCGAUGCACGCGCCGUGGGACGCGGACGCGCGGUCUGCGGUGCGGGGGAGCGUGCGGAUGACGCGGGAGGGCGAGGUGCGCUGGACGACGUUUAGUGUCUUUGAUGGGGAGGAGCGCUGGCGGAGCGAGACGGUGCAGGUGGGGGGUGUGGGAUCGGGGAGGGGAAGCUUGGGCUCUUGGUUUGAUAAGGACUACGACCCCUACGGCCCCGCCGGCCCGACGGCCUUCUGGAAGGUUUCCAACGAGCUGCUGCACGGCGGCGCAGGGAACGGAGCGGUGGGAGUGCUGCCAUUAUAAAAAGACAAAAAAUCACAGCUCGAUGUCCAAUGAGGAAGGGGCCGGGGCCGGGGCACGGGGGGUUACAUAUUAAGGCGUAGGUGCGGUGUACUCUGGAUGCGUUGGUUGGGCGUUCAAUCAUUUGCGAGGGCCUUAGUACAUACCUAGGGUGGCUGAUGUAGGCAGUUACGAGUACGUCUACCGGGUUUGCGACUUGUAACUUCCGUCACCGCGAACCUAGAUCCAGCGUAUAGCGAGACAGGGGACGACACAAGCAGUCCCUACAGAGUACUCCUUGCCCAGCUCCUAUCCCGAGUCCCAGGUAUGGGUAAAAAGGUCUUCGAGUACACAGAGGCUCUACAUAUCCUAACUGGGUCUCUUCUUCUUCUCCGUACACGUA